UUUAUGGCGCUUUCAAACCAUGAGUCUCGGAUGCGUGUUUUUCAUUCUGUUAUCAACCCAUUAAUUAAUUAAACCAUAUCUUACGACGACGCUUCUUUUUCUUUCUCCUAAUUCCCACUUCCAUAUAUCUGUAUAUAUAACUCUCGCAUUUCAUCUGUGCAUUUCACAGUUCGUAACCUGUAUUCAUAUAUAUACCUAUAUAUACACACACAUCAACUAUCAUCUUCAUUUUAGAUACUGCUAAUAUAUAUUACUUUGUAUUAUUAUUAGUUGUUCUUGAAGAAACCGAAAAGAAUGAGGUUGCUAUCAGGGGAAAAUGGUAGAAGGUGGUGCUAUUUUGCCUUAGUGGCUCUCUACUUGGAGAUUUGUAUAGUAGUUGCUGAAGAUCCAUAUAGAUACUUCGACUGGAGAAUCAGCUAUGGCGAUAUAUAUCCUCUUGGUGUCCGCCAACAGGGAAUUCUGAUAAAUGGACAAUUUCCGGGUCCUGAUAUAUACAGCGUUACCAAUGACAACCUUAUCAUCAACGUCCAUAAUGAUUUGCCUGACCCAUUUCUUCUCACCUGGAAUGGGCUCCAACAAAGGAAAAAUUCGUUUGAAGAUGGUGUAUAUGGAACAACAUGUCCCAUCCCUCCUGGAAAAAAUUUCACAUACAUAAUGCAAGUGAAAGAUCAAAUAGGAAGUUUCUUCUAUUUUCCAUCUCUUAAAUUCCAUAAAGCCGCUGGUGGAUUUGGAGGAAUUAGGAUUCUCAGUAGGCCAAGAAUUCCAGUCCCUUUCCCUGAACCUGCUGGAGAUUUCACCCUUCUUAUUGGAGAUUGGUACAAAACUGAUCACAAGGCAUUACAAACAAUUUUAGACCUUGGAAAGAUGCUUAAAUUCCCUGAUGGCAUUCAGAUCAAUGGUCUUGGUCCUGAUGGUGCAAAAUUCACUGUUGAACCAGGAAAAACAUACAGGUUAAGAAUAUCCAACGUGGGACUUCAAAAUACACUUAACUUUAGAAUUCAGGGACACCAGAUGAAGUUGGUUGAAGUUGAGGGAACUCAUACAAUACAAACUACAUUGUCUUCUCUUGAUGUGCAUGUUGGUCAGUCCUACUCAGUAUUGGUCACUGCAGAUCAGCCUGCUCAAGACUACUACAUUGCUGUUUCCAGCCGCUUCACCACUCAAAUUCUUAAUUCCACAGCCAUUCUUCAUUACAGCAACUCUAAAAAGCCGGUUUCUGGACCACCUCCUCCAGGGCCGACCACUGACAUCUCUUGGUCCCUGAAUCAGGCUCGUUCUAUUAGGACUAAUCUUACAGCCAGUGGACCAAGACCAAACCCACAAGGCUCCUACCAUUAUGGUCAAAUAAAUGUCACUAGAACAAUAAGACUAGCAAAUUCUGCUGGCUUAGUUGAUAGAAAACAGAGAUAUGCAGUUAAUGGUGUGUCCUUCAUCCCUGCCGAUACGCCGCUUAAGCUAGCAGACUAUUAUAAUAUCAAAGGAGUAUUCGAAGUAGGAAGCAUCCCUGAUCAGCCUACAGGUCGACACAUACACCUUGACACAGCAGUUAUGGGAGCAGACUACAGAGCAUUUGUGGAGAUUGUUUUUGAGAACAGAGAGAACAUUAUGCAAAGCUGGCAUCUUGAUGGUUACUCUUUCUUUGUCGUCGGAAUGGAUGGUGGUAGAUGGAGUCCUGCAAGUAAAAAACAGUACAACCUUAUAGACGCAGUUUCACGCUGUACCACGCAGGUUUAUCCAAGAUCAUGGACUGCAAUAUAUAUACCCCUGGAUAAUGUAGGAAUGUGGAACCUGAGGACUCAAUUCUGGGCAAGGCAAUACCUCGGGCAACAAUUUUAUUUGCGAGUAUAUACACCAGUUCAAUCGUUCCGCGACGAAUAUCCUAUCCCAAAGAAUGCUUUGCACUGUGGCAGGGCCAGGGGUAGAGCCAUAAGAGCAUUAUAGUUCUCUCAAAAGAAAAAUAAAAAAUGACCUCUUGUCAUCUUUAUAUUGCUGCUAAUCAUUUUUCACUUGCAAUUAUUUUACUAAUCCAACCCCCAUUAUUUCCACUGUAAUUCGUAUUAUCGCUUAUUAGGAAUGUACUUAGCUGUGGUGUUUGUAUUCUGUCACUAACUAUGUAUAAAAUGUGGUUUAAAGUUC